ACACAAAUCCAUUAAGUUGCUGGGAAGUGGGAACAUUUCUCUUAUAAAGAUGAGGAAUAUCUUCAAAUUGAGAUAUCCGAAUACGUUAUUUGUCACGGGUACAAAGAAAGCUUCUCUUUCAUAGUGAUUGUUGAUACAGCUUGAACUAGUCUUCAUUUUUCCAGAGAUGGGAGACAGAAGUUCAAGAAAUUAUUGGUGCGUCGUGUUGGUACUACUAACAUUUGUAUUAGAAUCCAUAAGCGGGGAAGACCCUUAUAGAUUUUUCACUUGGAACAUUACUUAUGGUGAUAUUUAUCCCCUCGGUGUUAAACAGCAGGGAAUACUGAUAAACGGGCAAUUCCCAGGACCAACAAUCGAGUCUGUCACCAAUGACAAUGUGAUUGUCAACAUUAUCAAUAAGCUGGAUGAACCAUUUCUCAUGUCAUGGAAUGGAAUACAACAAAGAAGGAAUUCUUGGCAGGAUGGUGUGUAUGGCACAAACUGCCCCAUCCCACCAGGCCAAAAUUUUACUUAUAUUCUUCAGUUUAAAGACCAAAUUGGUAGUUUCUUUUACUUUCCUUCCCUUGCUUUCCACAAGGCUGCUGGUGGCUUUGGUGGAAUCAAGAUCUUCAGCCGUCCAAUGAUUCCUGUUCCUUUCCCACCACCUGCCGGAGAUUUCACCAUACUUUCUGGUGAUUGGUUCAUCCAAAAUCACACUAACUUAAAAGCAAGUUUAGACGAAGGACAUGGUCUUCCCUUCCCUGCUGGACUUCUAAUUAAUGGUCGCGCAUCAAAUGUAUCCAGUUUCACUGUUGAUCAAGGCAAGACUUACAGGUUCAGGCUAUCAAAUGUAGGACUUACUACCUCAAUCAAUUUCAGAAUACAGGGACACAAGAUGCUUUUGGUUGAAAUAGAAGGGACUCAUACUCUCCAAAACACAUACGAUUCUCUUGACAUUCAUUUGGGCCAAUCCUACUCAGUUUUGGUCACAGCUGAUCAACCUUGUCAGGACUAUCACAUUGUUGUUUCUACGCGUUUCACUUCUCAAGUUCUCACAACAACAUCCAUUCUACAUUAUAGCAACUCAACGAAAAAUGUUACUGGUCCUCCCUUGGAUGGUCCAAACAUUGAUAUAGAGUGGUCACUUAAUCAGGCUCUAUCUCUUAGGCAAAAUUUGACAGCUAGUGGACCGAGGCCUAAUCCUCAAGGCUCUUAUCACUAUGGCAUGGUUAAUAUUACCCGUACUAUUAAGCUAGCGAAUUCUGCUCCAAUCAUCAAUGGGAAGAAGAGAUAUGCAGUCAAUAGUGUAUCAUUUACCCCUGCAGACACACCACUUAAGCUCGCGGAUUAUUACAACAUUUCAGGUGUUUUCAUUCUGGGAAGCAUUCCUGAUAAUCCUGUGGGUGGUUGGAAUUAUCUUCGGACAUCUGUCAUGGCUGCAGAUUUCAGAGGGUUUGCUGAGGUGGUGUUUGAAAACUCAGAGGACAUCCUGCAAUCAUGGCACAUUGAUGGCCACUUCUUCUUUGUUGUGGGGAUGGGUCGAUGGCAGUGGUCCGUUUCAAGCAGAUCAAGUUACAACCUAAGAGACGCCAUUUCUCGCUGCACUGUCCAGGUGUAUCCCAGAUCAUGGACAGCAGUUUAUAUGCCACUAGACAAUGUAGGAAUGUGGAACAUACGGUCUGAGAACUGGGCUAGACAAUACUUAGGCCAGCAGUUCUACCUUCGCGUAUAUUCUGCUGCACAUUCAUGGAGAGACAAAUAUCCAAUUCCAAAAAAUGCUCUUCACUGUGGCCAGGCAUUAGGACGAUAACUAGCUAGCCCCCUACUAGUUGAGCUAUCAAAUCCAACAAUUCUACGAUAACAAUUUACUUUAUGUGACCUCAUAGCUGAAGUUCUGCAAUUCUGCAUACUGCAGCUUGACUUCGCUUUCAAAAUUUAAUGGAUUAAUAGAUCGAAACCUCCUGCAUAACCUGAGUUUGUUGAUCACCAUGUAUUAUGAAUCAUAGCAUCAGUUUAGAGAUAGUAGUAUAAUAAACAAGUAGAGGUGUAAGGGAAUAUACAAUCUGGUUAAUCAUUCAAAUAUACCUGUUUGUUUUGUUAGUCCUUGUUUUAUACUGCUCAGAGAUCUCCUUAUUCUUUAAUUUCGUGUUUCUGUAGAAUACAAAAAUUAGGAUAUAAUGACAGUAGAUCAGACUAAUCCAUCCAAAAAGCGGAAUUAACAUAGAACUUGCAUAAGAUAUUACUCAACUUCAGCUUUAUAAGUACAUGCCGUUCUCACAAUGAAAUUUAUUCUAGAUUUAUAUUCUU